UAGGUGAACAAAUAUUAAAAAGAUGCGGUGGUGUGCCACUCGCAAUUGUUUUAACGGCAAGAAUGUUGAGAGAAAGAACAGAACAUGAAUGGAAAAGGUUAUUAGAAAACAUGGGUCAAGAGAAAAAUAAGUGUUCAAAGAUCUUUGCUUUGAGUUACAAAGAUUUACCCACAGAAUUGAAACCAUGCUUUCUCUAUUUUGGGAUUUUUCCAGAGGACUACGAUAUUCUUGCAUUUGACUUAAUUAAUUUAUGGGCAGCAGAGGGAUUUAUUCGAGGGAGUGACACGCAAGAGGCUGAGGAAGUGGGGAAUGAUUACUUAAGUCAUUUGUUUGCUAGGAACUUGAUCAAAGUGACUCGGAGAAAAUUUGAUGGGAGGAUUAAAAGUAUAUGCAUUCAUGAUAUUUUACAUGGUCUUUGUGUGACGGAGGCCAAGGAGAUCAACUUCUUUAAUACUCCCAAUGCAGCAACUGUUGGUAAUUCUGUUACGAAAGUGCGUAGAGUCACUACCAACCAUGAGUGCAUUUCUUCUUUCAACAACUAUGGAACACCCGAGCUUCGUGCAAUGUUGUUUUUCAAUGGAGAAGAUUGGGGAGUUGAUAAUUUUCCUAGAGACUUGAGAUUGCUUCGAGUGAUAAGUCUAGAAUGUCAAAGGGUUGCAUUUCCAUUGCCAAGUGAAAUUGGCAAUUGGAGUCACGUAACAUACAUUCAAUUGAAAGUGCAUAAGGUUUUUAUCGAACUUCCUUCCACUAUUAGCAAUUUGAGAAAUUUAUUGACGUUGGAUGUCCGACUAUGCACUUUACUCAAAUUUCCAUAUUUUAUUUGGAGAAUGAAGCAACUAAGACAUGUUCUGCUACCUCAUCCAUAUUUUAUGAAGUAUUAUUACAACAUUGAAUUAUCUUCUCAAAAGCAACUGCUCAACAUGGGUAAGUUCCAUCAUCCAAUUGAAGAAGAAGAAACUUUUGCAAAUCUCCGAACACUCUUUUGGGUGCGUGUUUCUGAUUUGCCUGCCAGUUUUUGCAAAUUUACCAAUUUGAGAAAACUAGGGAUCUUUUUUACGUGCAUUAAGUUCUCAAAACUGAAGGAGUUUUUAGAUGCAGACAUUGUAUCACACAAGCUAGAGAUCUUGCAUUUGAAGUGUGGGGAUAUUGAUGCAAAAAAUCAUUCCAAAAUGUUGGAUCUGAAUCUUUCUCGCUAUGAAAAUCUUUUCAAGCUGCAUCUAAACAGGUUCAAGGUGGAGUUAUCAAGACAUAAUCAACUGCCCCCAAACCUCACCAAGCUUACCCUCAGAUACACUUGGUUGAAAGAGGACCCAAUGGAGACUCUGAAGAAACUACCAAAGUUAGAGAUCCUGGAAUUGGGUUAUUACUCCUACAUGGGAAAGAAGUUGAUGGUUUGCUUCGGAGAAGGGGGACCGUCCGAUUGUUUCCCUAAACUUCAAGUGUUGGAAGUUGAUGGAUCCUCUGGUUUAAAUGAAUUCCUAGUGGAGGAAGCAACGAUGCCUAAGCUCAGCAAGUUAACAAUGAGAUAUUGCUAUCGUCUAAAUAUGAAGGUUCCAGACAGGAUAAAAGACAUUAUGGUUAGAUAUUGAAAAGUGUGGUGAGCUGCUACUUGGAUAGAUGGCAGUGAUGGGCUACGGUGGACUGUUCUGAGUUUGUCUCUUAACUGUGGGCUACUCAGUUUAUUUCGGUGGCUCUUGGGUGUGUUUUCGAAGUUUGUUGUUCUUUGGUUGUAUUCUUUUGUAGUUGGUUUUUGACCAACUCUUGAUGGUGUGCUAUCAUAUGAUUGGGUGGGUUUCUCAGUGUCAAUCUAGUUGGGAUUGAGUUGUUCCGCAAUGAUACUCUUCGCACUCAUUCGUUUCCUUUAUUGAUGUAAUAUUUUCAAAUGUUUAUCAAUAAAAUUUUCUCUUUUGCUGAUUUUUUUUUUUGUAUUUUUUUGACACUUGAUAUUUUGUAUUAUUUGCACGUAAUUUUUUUUUUCUACAUUUGAAAUGUGAAAAAUGUGUUUCAGAUUGAAGUCUUAGUAAUGCUGUCACACCAUUGCCACCAUCAUCUUGCCACCAUUGGGCACCACCACCACCACUAGCUCAUUCGUUUCCAGAUUGCAACCAAACAUAUAGAAAAAAUAUUUGAUUAUUUUUUGUAGAAAGCACAUUUUGACUGAAACAAACUCCUUAAUUGAUUCAAAUUUUCAACACAGUUGUAGUAAACUAAAACAUUGGAAUGCCUUUUGAAUGAUCAAUCAUUGAUUCUUCUUGUUAAUUAAUUUGUGUUGAUUUA